UUCUGGAUUUCGUCCUCACGCAUUUCAACCGACAAGUGAUGGGCAGCGCGGGCAGUGUUCUGGACGGUGCGACGAUGGCGCCAGUUGCGCCGCCCACGUCAUCGUACGCGACGCACAUUCCUUCGACAAUGACGGACAAUGCACCUGCCGCCCAGGCGCGGGUGAUUCUCUCGAUCCAGCGUCACGACGCGACGAUCCACUGCACGCGCGCCGACAUUUCGCCGGCGCACCACGCCAUUUCGCACCGGUGGCAGGACCGCAACGAGACGCAGACGUUCACUGUGCACUGCGACAACGAACCACCGUACGUGUGCGAGCUCCUCGACGCCGAAGUCGGCAACCUCGAAGCGCUUCUCUCGCGGCUCGGCCAAGGCCUCUGGCUCGACUACGUGUGCAUUGACCAGAGCAGCAGCGACGACAAGGUCGCGCAGGUCAACAUCAUGGGCAACAUCUACGCCAACGCAACGUCUGUCGUGCUUGGCCCGUACCUUCGCCUCGAGAUGCCUCCGCGCGACUACCUCGAGCGCGCGUGGUGCUUUCAGGAGCGGAUGUUCGGCCCGAUCAAGUUUCUCUGGGACAUGUCGUCGACCGACUUGAGCUACCUCAUUGCGUUCGCGAACGAUGUCGCGAUGCGCGUGCCGGGGCUCCAGGAAGCCUUCUCGUUCAUCAACCGCAACUUUGAUUGGAACGAGCACUGGCGCAUCGGAGCCCUGCAUAAAAUCGGACGCGAGGAUUAUCCGCAGACGCGGCGCCUUUGUGAUCGCCUCGAGGAGCUCAUUAACGCCCCGCGCCACGAGGCGAACCAGCGGGAAAUGGCAGAGACCGUGCUGCGCAUUCGCGAAGCCGUGCCGUGCACGCACGCGGCCACGUACAGCGAAUGGAAUCUGUUUAUUUUCGACUGCCAAGCCAGCAUCGAGAAGGACCGCCUCUUUGGCACAUGGGGCGUGCCGCUGUACCAGUCGCACCUCCCGCUCUCGUACGAGUACCCGGAUGCGACGUGGCACCUCAUUGCGACGACGUAUCCCGACGCCGACUAUGCCUUUCACGCGCCGCACAGUGCGCCAGGUCGGCCGCACGGCGGCUUUGCCGGGUUUGCGACCACGACGCAGCUCGUGUGCCACAUCAUGCAGCACACGCUUUUGACGCCGGGCACCCAUGCACAGCAGCCAGUCGGCGCCGAGAAGCUCCGGUUCACCGACUCGAACGAAGUCGCGACGCUCGCGUGGGACGACCAGUACAUUGGCGUCGCCUGGCCCCACCAAACGUUCCACUUCAUCGUCUCGAAAGAGUGUCUGCGCCGCGGCAAAGGCCUCGGGGGCGAGGCCGGUCCGACCAAAAAGUUUAUCCACUUAAUCGAGCGGCUGCGCGCCUUGGGCUGCAAGAUCCCAAGCUGGAAAGUCCCAUUCGAUUUGAAGGCCCGCCUCGAACAGCUUGCCGACACGACGUAAAAGCGAAGGUCGUUGCUAUGUCUUUUUCAUUAGAGACUCGUGAUUGUAUGGAUAA